AUGUCCCGGCACAGAAAUAUCAGGUCGUUUUGCGAUGACGAUGUUGAUACUUACGACGAGCCUCUCGCUAGUUCGGUAGACGAUGAUUACACGAUCUCUCCAAAUACAUCGGAAAGAUACAUAUAUAACCCGGAUCGCGGUUUCAAACAUGACAUACCAACAUUCCCAGUGACCCAAGUCGAACCAUUAAGCUUUACAUCAGCAGACUUCCCAUUAAAUGAGGUUAUGAGCUCUCAACCAGAAUCUCCUGGAGAGGUGUCUGGGCGUAUUGUGUCUCGUCCGUUAUUCGACUUUCCUAAUCAGAAGGAUGCGACAAAUAUAAAUUGCAAGGACAACCAACAAACCUCUGCCGAAAUUUUCGGCAACAGCGAUCUCUUUGAUGCAGGUUCUUGUAACCCACAAGCACGACCUACAGCUCUAGACAAACCUAUGGAUACGUCGUUGAUAAACUUGCCUCUUUCUCAAAAAUUGACAAUUACGUCUCAUACUGACGAUCGUCCCAAUUUGUUGCGCACUCCGAUUAAUAGUGUGACAGCGACUCCUACCAAGCCGAUUGAUCGUCAUUUUCUGGUAAACGAAUAUGCCAAACUUCACGAGAAAUUCGGAGAUAAACAAAUAAUAAACCUUAUUGUUAUGGGACAUGUGGACGCCGGAAAAAGCACUUUAAUGGGAAAUUUACUUUAUCUGUUGGGACAUGUCUCCAGUAAACAGUUAGCAAAAUAUCAGUGGGAUGCGCAAAAACUCGGCAAAGCAUCAUUUGCCUAUGCCUGGAUUCUUGAUCAGACAGCAGAAGAAAGAAAUCGUGGUGUCACAAUGGAUAUUGCUCAGACGUCAUUUGAAACAAAAUCUAAACGGAUUGCUCUAAUGGAUGCUCCAGGACACAAGGAUUUCGUUCCGCAAGUUAUCGGAGGUGCAACGCAAGCUGAUGCUGCUCUCCUGGUAAUCAAUGCUACUCGAGGUGAAUUUGAGACUGGAAUUGGCACUGGUGGUCAGACAAGAGAACAUGCCCGACUAGCUCGUUUGCUAGGCGUUUCCCGUUUAAUUGUAGCUAUAAAUAAAAUGGAUACAGUGGAUUGGUGCGAAUCAAGAUAUCAUGAAAUCCAGUCGCAAAUAUCGGGUUUCUUGAAGUCAAUGAAUUUCUCCGGAGUUGUAUAUUGUCCAGUGUCUGGGUUAACUGGAGUGAAUUUAAUACAACAAGAUAUAUCCAAUGGUAAAAAUGCCUCUGAAUCAAAUUCGAAACUUUUUACCUGGUAUACAGGACCCUGUUUAUUAGAACUUAUUGAUUCAAUCCCACCACCAGAGAGAACAAUUGAUGGGCCGUUUCGUUUUGUUGUCAGUGACAUAUUUAAACCAGCUGGUUCAAGUGUACCGGCUGUUGUUGGACGUGUUGUUUCAGGGGGUGUUUCUGCUGGUGUAAAUCUACCAACGAGUAAAGUUAUCUGCCUACCGAGUGAUGUACGCGCAUGUGUUAAGUCUAUCAGAUCUUUGUGUAAUACUCGUUCAGGUCAAAAUGAUACUGCAACCGAAGGUGAUCUUGGCGGAAAGUUGUUAGAUCAAGUAGUAAAAUUUGCAUUUGCCGGUGAUCAGGUGGCACUUAUGCUUACUGAUAUCGAUCCGUUCCAAACUCUUAUUCCUGGUGAUCUGCUUACCGACCCAGAUAAUCCGAUCCCAUCAGCCACUUGUAUAUCCGCUAAGCUGUUGGUAUUCGCUAUUCGACAGCCUAUUACAAAAGGCUACCCGGUGAUAUAUUACUAUAAUUGUACUAGUGUAGCUGCUAAUAUUACCAGACUGAGGUUUAUAACACACAGGGAAAAUAAAAUUGAGAAAACUGUUAAAAAGCCAAGAUGUCUUCUUGGUAACUGUACAGCUGAUGUGGAAUUGACAUUCGAAAGACCGAUUUGUAUAGAGGUGUAUGAAAAGUGUAAACCUCUUGGUAGGUUUAUGCUUCGUGUUGGUGGUGAAUCGAUUGCUGGUGGUACUGUUACAGGGAUACUCCCGUCCAAGAAGAAUCGCCUUAUCGAUUUAUAG